AUGGCUGCUAUUAUGGACCUAUUACUGGCACCCACGUCCUCUAUGCAGGAUAACGUCACAACGCUCAGCACAGUUAUCUGCCUUUGUCGUGGAGUUAUCUGCCUUGUAGGGGUCAUAGGUAACUCUGUGACCAUCCGGACAUUCGUCGCCAUGGGUCUAAAAGACGGGGUGACCCUGUCUUUCUUGUUUCUCUCCGUCUGUGACCUUUUCUUUCUUAUAUUUGAAGGAGCAGCAUCGGUCUCCUGUGCAUUUGAAUGCGUUGAGUUGAACACCAAUUAUAAAACUUACUUUCCUGUAGAUCCUUACAGCGUCGAUUUUUAUUUGUUGCUGUGUGCAAGCGAAUUCUAUCACUGUGCGAUGAUAACUAUGAUAUUCCUUGCCAUCGCUCGUUGCCUAAGCGUGGCUACGCCGAUGUGGUUUAGAAACAAAAUAGGAAAAAAAUCAACUUUCUUUGUUUCUAUAUCAACAACAGCCCCCUUUGUUGUUGCUAUUGAGAUUCCUACCUUCGCCUUUAUGGGGAUUAUACCCCAACACGAUAAAAACAUUAACACAACCAGGCCAUCAUUCUGGACAUCACCUACGUGGCAUUUAAUGACAAAUGUCAUUUGGACAAUCACUGGAAUGUUUCUAAACUACAUAGUUCAAAUAAUACUGCUCAUCUCUGCCAUCACCAUGAAAAUCGUGCUCACUAAAGCUGUGAAAUUUCGCCAACAACACACCUUAUUAUGUGAUGCUGGAGGGUCAUUCACCACACACACGAACAACAGCAACGGCACAAAUAACGUCACCCAAACACAGAACAAACUCCAGCUCACCAGCAAGGAGAUCAGGAUAACCCAGCAGUUGUUUGUUCUCUCCCUUGCUUACAUCAUCAGCAACACGCCGAGAGUCUGUUUCCACACGCCAUUACUUGUCUAUCCCGAGCUCUCCAUCUUUGGAAAGCACGGAAGAUUAUUCGAGGCCAUUGACGUCAUCGUACACACGUGUCAGUGUGUAUUUUGUUGCGGUAAUGUCCUCAUCUAUUUAAAAUUCAACUCCAGAUUCCGUGAAUUGUUUUUGAAAAACUUAACUUUACUUCAAAACGAUAAUGCAUAA